AAGCUCAGCGUCAAAGCACGGAGCGCUUAUCUCAGAACGCGUCAGGGAGAAUUGUCGUAUAGAUGGUGCAUUUCUCCGUGGACUUUCUGCACAAAAAUCACUCUUUUGGUUAUCAGAGUAAAGCGGUCUACGAGGAAAACAUGUGCAACACAGAGGAGAGUUGUGCCGUUCUGGGCUCGAGGCAGUGGGCUCCAGGGCCUCUGUGGUGCUCCGAUGCCCCUCUCCCACUAACGAAGAUCCCGGGUGGGCGAGGGACGGGCAGGGAUCUCCCUCACAGCGUACUGCACAAGGACGAAAAGUUAACGGUGACUCAGGUGGGCUCGGUGAGCGGCGCACCCCCUGUCCUGCACUUCCAGUACCAAUUAAGCGAGCGGCGGUUCUCCUGCUGGGACACGGUUCUGUCGGACGACGCGCUCUACCUGGAAAUCCCCGCUGGAGCUCUUCACAAUGGCAGCAGAGAAGGUUUCACCAGGCUGCUGGAGUUUGCAGAGGAGCAGUUGAAAGUCAACUACGUGUUCCUGUGGCUUCAGAAAAAUAGAGACGAUCGAUCGUCUAUCAUGAAGACCUUCCACUACAUGGGUUUUGAAGUGGUAAAGCCAGGCCAUCCACUGGUGCCGCCCCGGCCUGAUCUUCUCUUUAUGGUCUAUUCCAUAGACAGCAGCAGUUCUGAUGAAGAGUGACCAUCACACCUUCACUCACUCUUAAAAUGCCCCCACCCCUCUUCCUCCCCCUUUAUACUUCUGCAUCAAUGACUUUCAAGACAGGGGGAGGGGUGAAGCUGGGCCAGCUAACACUCUGAUUGGUUCAGUUUCCGUUAUUAUCCCACCCAUCGGUUCUGAUUGGUCGUUCCAUCAGCAGGAGGUGGGUUGGUGCUAAAGCAGAAAUCUAGCAUAUCCUAUCUGCUCAUUCAAACCAUAUAUCAAAUACUGUUGUGUACACCAUGUAUAGAACAUUCAGGACAGGAUACAGAUCACAGACAUAGUCGUGAUAGUUUUUUACAGAAGGGAAUGCAUUUAUAACCUGUUGUAGACUGUUUCCAGUGGCUUAUAAUGGUGAAACAGGUUUAUUCCAGAUCGACGGUUUUCUCUGUUCUGGUUUUACUCUUCUUUAGAUGUUUCAGCCGAAACUAUCACCCGUUAAUCAUUUAACGUUCUCAGAGGAAACAAGCUGAAUAGCUCUUAGUAACUAAGACUUGACUCAGCAUAGUUCGUCCUUUAUACGCUCAUUAGGAUUCAUGCUGUGUUCUAUUCAACUGAGAACAACUUCCUAUACAGGAAAGUGCAAUAGAACGCGCUUGAAGUCGGACUUCAGACUUUUGUGAAACCUGCAAUUUCAGUCACAGGGACUGGGCAGAUGGUGCACGGCUCAAGAUCGCACUUCUGCAUCCAAACAUCAUGCAAUAAAUAUUGUAGAAUAACGAAAAACUUUCAAUAUUGGAUAGAACGCAGCAUUCUAGUGCAAGUUCGUCAAAACGGUGUGUCAUUCCAGACCCCAACAAGGCACUUGAGUGUAAGUUUAGGUUGAGAUUAGUUGAGUCUGGUUGUGAGGUUUGCUUUUCUAGAGUUCUUUGAAGUAGAGGUUGUUCAAUCGGGCCUGUUGCUUAUACUCUUUAAAACAGAGCCAGACCUGAAAACUUCUAGAUGCAUGAGCAUGUUUGUGAUGAAAUCAUUCUGGUUUUAAAAAAUCCUGAAGGUCCUUGUUCUUAUUUAGGGAGAUGCAGAGGUCUUCUGCACGAGUCUUACCAUAGUCCAUCACACCUUUUGUCUUCGCCAUCCCAAACCAACAGGAAACACGAGAGCAAACCAACCCCACCCUCAGCCCCUCAGGGGCUUUAACACAAGCACUUUAGGAAAACACAAGCAAUUCAGCCCCACGGUGCAUUGCACAUCCGUUACAGAGAGAUGUGCAUUGAGCCGUCCAGAUGUCUUGCGGUGUUUAGUGAACUUGACAUACUUGCCAAAGAUAAUGGUCUCCAUUCAAAGAGAACGCCUCAAGUUUCAUUCAGAUAAGACUGGUGAACUUACCGUAGCAGCACCUACAGAUAGCAGGCUCGGUCCCGGCGCAGUCAGGUAUAACAUGCAAAAACAUUCCCUGAAACGGAAGCCUCUGUUUCACCGAUUUCUGGUCAUCUCUGUGGAAAUUAGGUGCAAUGAAUCCAGUUCUGUAUACUUCUCAGCAGGGUGGCCUUUAGGUUUUGCAUGUGUAAAUAGAUCUUACCUUUCCUUAUGGGCUGUGACAAUAAGCUUUUAGAGAAUGUUUUUUUUUUGUUCAUCCACUUAAAUUUUAUUUUUAUCUAUACGAUUUAUUUUGUCUAUACCGAUUGAUUUUUUUUGUAGCGUAGGAUUUAGAGUAAAUCGAAUAUCAUUUAAUGACAAUCUACACUUGUAUACCUUGAACCUUUUCCUUAUGUCCAAAUAAAACACAUGACAAAACAAAA